CUAUAUAAGAAGCUUCUGGCUUUCAAUAUGUCCACUGGUCCUCAUUCACCCAUCAUGGACACCUUGAAAGCCAUCUUCCUGCUGACUGCCCUCUGCACAGGGACAGGCUUUGCAUUACAGUGUUACACGUGUACAGGCAAGGCCAGUAACACCAACUGUAUGAAUGCGACCAACUGCACGGCAGCCAGUACUUACUGCAAGACCUCGGUGGUUUCUGGGGGAAUCGGUAGUCUGUCUGCGGCCACCAUUUCCAAAUCCUGUGAGUCCGACUGCAAGGCAACCAGUUUGAAUGUUCUGAUUGUUUCGGGUACCGUGUCAUGCUGCAGCACUGACCUGUGUAACAAAAGCGGGGCCACCAGCGUGAAGUCCAGCUACGCCAUCCUGGCUCUGUGUCUGGGUCUCUUCUUAACGCUCAUCAGAAACCCAUCUCUGUGAUUUACCAGAACCCAAAGAUCAUUCUACAAUAUCCAACCACAGCGGACGCCCUAAUAAUAUUACCGGGCCUAACUGAAUUCUCCUGUACCCAGAGUUGGGGCGAGAUAACAACA